AUGAGCAGUGAUGAUCGAAGACAAUCCAAAUUUGUCCGUUACUCAGGCUCCACAGAAAAACAAACAAUCCAGUAUGAUGAUGAGGGUAAGCCUCUAUAUUCGAGGAAUUGUAACUCUAAAUACAUUUGUGAGAACAGAAACCUGGAUAUCUGUGUGGCUGACUCUAAGGGUCGUGCAGUAGUGGUGGUCAACCAGGCUGGAAAACUUCGAUUUAGAUACACUGGUAGUCCCUUUUAUGCCAAAAACGAAAAAUUCAGACCCUUGGGAAUCACAGUAGACAGCCAGAGUCAGAUCCUGACAGCAGACAGUGAUGAUUACUAUAUCCACAUCCUGGACCAGAAUGGACAGUUCCUCCGCUAUAUGGAUAACGUUGAUCUGAGGAACCCAUUAGGUUUAUGUGUGGACAAAAGUGACAACUUGUUUGUUGCUGAGUUUUAUAGUGGAAAUGUGAAGAAAAUCAAAUAUCUACAAUAA